UGCCUAACUAACUAUAUCAUAAACAUUUUUUUAUUUUGCACAGCCUAUCUAUUUACCCAGUUUUUGUUUUUACACUGAACUGUUCCUUUAAUGAAUGGAAUUUUUUGGUGCAACUGACUGCAGCCAACUUGCGUGGCUGCAACUGAAGUGGUAAAUGAGCCCUUAUGAUAAAUUCCACUGUCCCACGUACCAUUGCUUGCAUCCAAGGGUAAAAACAACAGCUAAGCUUGACUGUGAUACGUUUGGUUGCACUUAUCCAUCCACGGUGGAAGUUUCUUCAGCCCAUUUAUCAUAACUAAUUAGCAUAACGUUGUUUACAGUUUAAGGUUGAAAUCCAAGUUCUACUAGUUCAGGUUCCAAAUCUCACCCCACUGCUCUUUAUAAGUGAAAGAAAAGACAUCUGCCUGGGGUGAUGGGCUCUACCUUGAUCUACACGUGACUUGGGCGGAGAAUAUCCACAAGACACGUCUGUGUGUGAUCGAGCCGACAGUGCAGGAGGCAUCUUACCUUGCGACAGACGUGGAUAUGAAACCACUGGCUUGGCUCAGCGCUGCAUUGUUCUUGGGUUUGGUGCCGAUUUCUGAAGAAUUCUUUUCAGGCUCCAUCAGUUGUUGCACUGAACACUCAGAUAAGGUUUCUCAGGGUCUCUUACAAAGAGUGCGAAAAUUUGAGAUCCAGCAAAACAACGGCAUAUGUAAUAUCAGAGCUGUGGUGUUAUACACAAAACAUAAAGCUCUCUGUGUCAAUCCCAAUAAUGUCCUUCUCAAUGAAUGGAUAGAAAAACAGAAAGGAAAGGGAAAGAAGAAAAAGAACAACUCCUGGGGCAGUAAGAAGAAAAAAAAGGGAAGAAAGAAACACCGGGGGAAAAACUUGAAACGUAAAAACCGAAAACCAACCAAAAAAGACACUAAGAAAUCUGCACUCCCCUCCAAGCAGACAUUCUAAGGUCGGGCCACUCACAAAGUAAAUCCCAUGCUCAGGGGUGAUUCUGGGACCCAGAAGAUGGUCUUCCCAAUGCAGCGCUAGUACAGAGAUACAAUUACACUCUCUGCACUCCAAAAACCGAACUUUUGCUACAAAACGGGUUGUUCACCUUUAAAUUAAAGGAGAAGGAAAGGCUAAAAUGAAGUAAGCUUUAUCAGAAAGGUCUAUAUAAAUAUACCAGUAA